CAUGGCAUAAAUAAGAAGGAGCUGCUCGUUGGCUCAGGACCACUUUCCUAGGACUUCUUGACUUCUGCCCCUCCGCUCCUGCACCCCAAAACUCCAUCAUGGCUGGAGAAUUCUCUGCUGACCAGAUUGAGGACUUCAAAGAAGCCUUUGGUCUCUUCGACAGAGUUGGUGACAGCAAGGUUGCCUACAACCAGGUUGCUGACAUCAUGCGUGCCCUGGGACAGAACCCCACCAACAAGGACGUGAAGAAAAUCCUGGGUGACCCAUCUGCUGAUGAUAUGGCCAACAAAAGACUUGACUUUGAUGGUUUCCUGGCAAUGCUGAAGACCGUUGACGCCAUCCAGAAGGGUACCUAUGAUGACUACGUUGAGGGUCUGCGCGUCUUUGACAAAGAGGGCAACGGCACAGUGAUGGGCGCUGAGCUGCGCAUUGUGCUCUCAACAUUGGGUGAGAAGAUGUCCGAGCCCGAGAUCGAGUCUCUCAUGCAGGGACAGGAGGAUGAGAACGGCAGUGUCCACUAUGAGGCUUUUGUCAAGCACGUCCUGUCCUUAUAAGAGGCUGUCCGCUGAGAGAGUGGGGAAGAAGGCUGAACUAUAUCUGCAGACCCCAUGGUGUCAGGACAUCCAUUCUGUUUUGAAGACCAAUCAAUAAAAAGGACUAUGGGAUGUCACUUCUAAACCAUUCAGUUUUUUCCCCUUUAUUUGUUUUCUACCCUCUCGCCCACUUUUUUUUUUUGGAAGUUACAUCAUCCUUUCAUGAAGUUGACCCUCCUCGCCUUCUUGUUCUGCCCUGGGCGGCCGUCCACAGUCGGAUGGAUACCGGGGAAGAAAGAAAAGGCCACUCAUGAAGUGAGGGUUGGUUUCUUCUUUCUCCACCCAUCCAGGGUUACAACA